AUGAGAUUGCUCUGCAUAACUCUUGUGUUGCUUUUGUGUUCCGCACUUUGUGAGGAAGAAAGAAUUGAAGGUGGACCCUAUCCUGGACCUGUAGGAGCGGAAUCUGAAGCCGACAGCAGUUCUAGUCCCGCUGAAAAAAAAUCAGAGAUUGGCGAUUCUCAUAGUCCUGAAGGAAAACAAACAGGGGAUGCCGACUCUAUACCCGUGAAAAAAGACAGUAGAGAUGCAUCCGAUCCCAACACUCUAGAAAAACCUAAAAAAGGUGAAUCUGGAGAAAGUUCCAAACCCAAAUCUGACCAGAAGAAAGAUGAUAAUGUAUGCAAGCUCGUUGACAAGAACGGGAGGAAAUCCAAGAAAGGGCCAAGAGGUCCCACACCUGAAGAUAUAGCGUUCACCGAUUACCUGAAGAUAGAAUAUGCGACUUAUUUUCGCGAAGUGCAAAGGGCAGUGAAUGUAGAUGAGCUCCUCAUUGAGUAUGCUGAGUUAAGCGCCUGCGGAGGUUCCGUAAGAAAAGGUGUCGAAAAGACGGAUGUCUACCUUAAACUUAGCUACUUCGCCAAUUCUCCAAUAAAACGCUGCGAGCUGGCCCAGGAGAUGUUCAACUUCAGCAAAGUAGAAGCACGACAGGUAGGAAUCAUUCGUUUGGUAUGUGUCAAAAAAGAAUUCUAG